AUGCCUGAACAACUAAAGCACUCGGAGAUCAACUCCCAAACCGACCCCUCGGUCGCAAAGCAGUGGGACAACGACGUGUCCCCCGAAAAGAAGUUCGAAGACUUCUACGGUAUCGUCGACAAGCUCAAGAUCGGCCUCCUCGGCACCCUCCGCGACGGCACCGGACCCGUCCACCGCUCCAUGGCCGUCGCCAAGCGAUCCGGUCCAGACUUCCUGUUCCUUGCCAACGCCCACAGCGCCAAGUUCGACGACAUUGAGAAGAACCCCGGCGCCGUCACCGUCACGUUCCAGAACAGCAGCACCCAGGACUGGGUGUCGGUGACGGGCAAGGCCGUCACGAGCAGCAAUGAGGAUCCGCGCAUCAAGGAGAUCUGGACCAAGGGCACGAGCGCUUGGUUCGGGGAUCUGGGCGAUGGCGUGCAUACCGGCAAGCCGGAGGAUCCGAGGAUGAAGCUCAUUGAGAUUCAGUCCAAGUAUAUCUCCUACUGGAAAGCUGAAGUGGGUGCUCUGGGUUUUGGCAAGGAGGUCAUUGGUGCGGUCAUCACCGGGGGCGUCGCCAAUACGGGUGUUUUGCGGCAGAUGAAGGAGGACGAGAUUGAGCAGGCCAGAAAGAAGGACGGUGCGUUGAGCUCGUAA